CAAUAGGGGAGCAUUUUUCGGUAGAUGAAGUGGAAGAAGAUCUUAUGGCGGCCAAACGACCUGGUGGGCUUGAGCGAGGUGGACUGUCUCUUCUUCGACGAAGCGCAAGGACAAAGAUUCGCAGGAAUUCAACAGCAUCUAAUGAUGCCAGAACUGAUGUAUCACGUCUAAGAUAUAAUGUGGAUCCAGACGGCGAAUAUACACCGGUAUCAUUGGUCGAUCCUGGUCCACAACCACGACCGUCCGUCGCUCUGCCGUCUACUGUCACCACUACCGCUACCGCUACAGCUAUCAGUGCUACUGCCACUGCUACCAACAUAAAUGUAUCAUCUGAGGAUUCCCAAAAGACACAACGAAACGGGGAGACGCAACCAGUGAAACGGUUUGUUUCUACUCUUAGAGACUCUUCGAAGCCUACGAUCACAACUUAUGUUGAACCGCACUUGCUGGAACAACAGCGCAGAGAUAAUGAAGAAACGAAUAGAAAUGAGGGUAGCAUAUCAUCUUUCAAAGUUGGCGUACCAGGGCAGCUGGAGAACUCCGCAUCAACACGAAUUUUAUCUGAAACAAGCGACCAUCAACGCAUAGAAACAACCGAGAACUUUACUAUUAGCUAUCCUAUACCACCGCCUGUGAAAUUGACUCAAAACUUGUUACAACAGUCUACGUCUCAACAACCGCCAUCUGGUAAAGCUCCAUUAUCACCGCAGCUUCCACAACUUUCAAUCAAACAAAAACAAGUAGGGCAUACAGGCACUCUUGUCCAUGGCAAGAAGCCUUCCACAUGGUCGUGGUUAUGGGGCAAAGAGAAAGGUGAUAAAUCAAUUGAGAAUACCAGUUCUGGAGCCGGUGUCUCGCUCCCAUUAUCUGCCAAAUCCAACAAUACGCCAUCAUCACAAGUGUCCAGCACCGAUAUCAAUACCCAGGCAUUCACCUCAAACGAGGUUGCAGUCAAAAAACAGUCUACUCUUUCGAUGCUCUUUUCACGAAAUGGCAAGUCAACGUCAUCUAAAGCUCAGAUAACAACGGUAGAGAACACACAGAUGAUUUCGACUAAUGGGCAAUCCAGACAAUCCAUUAUAUCUGAGAGACCCAAGUACAGUAAUUAUAACCGACUACCUAUUCAUAUCGAACGCGCCAUUUACCGCCUGUCGCACGUAAAGUUAGCCAACCCUCGGAGACCUCUUCAUGAGCAAGUAUUGAUUUCCAACAUGAUGUUUUGGUAUCUUGGUGUGAUUCAGCAGCAGCAACUUCUGCAACAGCAACAAGAACAACAACAGCAGCAAAUGUUGUUGCAACAGGCUCAAAGGCAAAUAGAGAAUAAUAAAGGAUUUGAAUCAAAAGAAGAUGGCAAAGAAAAAUCAAAAUCGAAACCCAAAAAGAGGAAGAGCCAGAAAAAGAAAAGUCAACAGCAAAAGCAGCAGCAACACCACCAUAGCAAUCCGAAUACCAAUCAUAUCACGCCGCCUCGUCAACAGGGUUCCAGCUUAUCGGCGACUAACCAGAGCGGCUCAUAUAGUAAUUCUAAUGAAGAGAACCAGAUCGUGGAGCCAGAAAUCGAUAUACCUUUGCGGCAACAUCCCCAAAAACCACAGAUUGGCUCCCAAUCUGACACUCUCUCGACGCUCUCGAUAAAAUCUGCUCCCCAGAUUACUCAAGAAGACGAAGAGGAUGACAAUGUACCUCUGGCACACUAUCAAAAUAUGCCGCGCCAGGCUGUCUCAGUGUCUUAAUUGCUAAAUGUUCAAAAUAAAAUGGUAUUAUGCCCCU